AUGUAUUUGAAAUGCGGUGGUCAGCAAUGGGCUGAAGCAGUCGAUCUCGAUCUUGCUAUGGCUGUCGUGAAAUAUUGCAUGGAUAGUCGCAUAGAUGGUGCCAUCCUCGUAUUUCUACCUGGGUUUGAUGAUAUCGUCCAGAUGCGCGAUAAAAUUACAAAUGAAUCGUGGAAUGGACGACGUCCGGUGAUCUUUACCCUGCACUCGCAGAUGAAUUCAUUCGACCAACAAAAAGUGUUUGAUUCAGUCGGACCAGCUGAAAGGAAAGUUAUUUUGUCGACCAACAUCGCUGAAGCAUCGCUGACGAUCGACGACGUGGUGUUUGUCAUCGAUUGUGGAAAGGUGAAAGAGAAGACAUACGACCAUACGUCAAGAAUCAGCCAACUGAAGGUAACAUGGAUAGCGAAGAGCAACGCAGAACAACGAGCAGGUCGUGCUGGACGGUGUCGUGAAGGCUUCUGUUUCCGACUCUACAGUAUAGAGGAUUAUGAAGUGAUGCUUGAGACUCAAAUGGCUGAAAUGCAGCGAACUGCAAUUCACGACGUUUGCCUGCAUGCGAAAAUGUUUGCUCCGGAGAACAUGACAGUGAAACAGUUCCUUCAAAUGGCCCCUGAACCACCCUUAGCAGAUGCUGUCGACAAAAGCAUGGCCUUCUUAGAAGUGAGAAUCCAAUAA